AUGGCCGAUCCGCUGGCGGUCUUUGCGGGGGAGGGCGGAGGAGACCCGCCGCCCUGCCGCGCGGAAGAAGAAGGCGGAGUUCUUCCUCAGAACCAGCCCCGGCCUGCCGACGGCGGCGCCGCGCGCGAGUCUUUUUCAGGCUCCGAAGAGUGCGAUCCAGUUCGCAAAGACCAGAUGCCUCGGCACGCCGCCGCGGUGUCUUCGCCUCUGUACUUUUCUCUUCCGCUGCCUCUCUUCCCGUGCAGCGCUCCCUCGCAGCUGCCACCCGUUUCUGCUUUGUCGGGGCUGGUGAGCACCGCAGAAGACUUCGCGGCGUGGGGCGUAUCUCUAGAAAGCCUGGCCGCCGCCACCUUCCGCGCCUCUCUGCUCGAGCUCAUGCACACAGCCUACUUGCCCUCGCGACCGCGACUCAUGUGGCGAAGAGUCAAGCGGAGGCUGCGCGCCGACGCGGGGUGCUGGCGAGCAGCUGAGGCAGACGGGUCGUGUGCGCCAGACGCGUGCGGGGGGAGGAAUCGACUGGAGGGCGACCUCUUUGACGCCAAAAACUCGCUCAACCCCUCGACCUCCUGGAUGGCUUCACACAGCGCGAAAAGCGAGAGCAGCGACGGAGGGGCGGGGGUGCGGGAUGACGCUCACCGAGACGGGCUGCAUCAGACAGACGAAAACGUCGACCCUUGGGCAAGGCACGACAGAAGACGCGUCACGGAGACGGACAGGAGAAGGGAACUCCUCAUGGAGGAUGUCUGCUCACGCUUCUUCCUGUGGUUUUACGUUGAUGUCUCGCGGAAACUGAUCACCGAUGGCCUCAGCCUCGCCCGACGCACGCUCCCAGUGGACUGGGUGUAUCGACAUUAUGGAACUUUUCUGAGUUUGCCCGAGUGCCAUUUCGACAUAUAUCCUCAGUACUGCAUUCCCAUGGCCCAGGAGAACUCUGCGUCGUCUGUCGGCGACUUUGAAAUGGACGGUGACGCGGCUUUCGACCGGCGCGCGACGGCCUCCUCGUCGUCGGGUUCGGAUCUGUCCGAUACAGCCGACGACGGUCUGGAGGAGGAGGCGGAGGAGCUCGGCUUGGACAAAGCAGUGGAGCUGGCCAGUGGAUCUUUGCAAGGCGCUCCAACUGGCCCCCAGAACAGCACAUGCCUCGGAGACGAAGCGCCUGGCGAAUCAGACGUGAGAGCAUCGGAGGUCGCGCUGGAGCGGCGCGCGGGCGCCGGGGGCACACAGACAUCGGGGAUCCGAAGCCAACUGUCGGCCGUAUCAGUCGCUGCCGACGUCCUGCGCGCAGAGCCAGGAGAUGCAGAUUCUCUUCACGACGCGCCUGAUGCAUCUCUUUCGCGACCUGCAGCGAGGGGGCUCGCUGCCUCGACGCGUUCACCCCGCGCAGCCGCGCCGUCCUCGCCAUUCGUCCGCGCCGAGGCUGGGGGUCUUCCGGCCGCGCAGAAAGAGCCUGCUCUGUCGCAUGCAGGCGCCCCUUCGCCCCGCGGCGUCGUUCCCGCUGAACAACGCAGCGCGUCGUCCUCUCCGUGUCUGUUCCGAACAUGUCAGACUCCAGAGGCCGCUGACGCUUUCGAUGACAUCUGUAACGGUGAUGGAGACGCCGCUCACGGCCCCGCGGGUCCCGCCCACGUCUCCUCGUCACAGAACAGUGCUUCCCUCCUCUCUGGCGCGGCUUACCGUGCUGAGAAUGACAACCGAAAGAGAGGCGACCGGGGGCCCUCGGGGCAUGCCUCGAAUCCUCCGCAGGCUUCUUCCAGCCGAGCUGCGCAUGCGAAGGGAGGGACAGCUGCCGCUGUCGAGGCCCCGCAAGAGGAGGCGGAGGGAGAGGGCGUGGACGCUGCAGAGGAGGAGGCAGGGGGAGUCGCUUCCGCGCCGUCGCCCGGAGACGGCUUAGGGCCAAAGACUCACCCCAGUGGAGAAAAGGACGAUUUCCUUGUGGUUUUGUCGGAGGGCGAAGACGAAGCAAGCGCGCGGAUCCAGAUGCUGGCCGCGACCAUGAGGCGCAGCCUCCAAGAGAAGGUGCAGCUCUUGCUGGAUGAAGAGGAAGAAGACUCGAAAGCCGUGACCGCGAGAGUCUCUGACGAGGAGCGCAGUCUCCAUUCCGGCGACGAACGCGACUCACUGAGAGAGGCGGAGGAAAUGCCACGCUCAAGGACUUCGAGUGCGGCUUCGUCCUCCCACAGAAAAGGGAGUGCGGCCGGCUCUGCUGCGCCUUCAGACGAGGAUCAAGGGGAGUCGGCGAAGGCCUCAGGAGCAGAGGAGGAGGAGGCGAUCCAAGAGGGCGAGUGUGGUAGCACAGAUCACGAGAUGAACGAAGCGCGCGACGACGUGGAAGCGAGUGAAAAGGCUGAAGUCGCAGAACGGGCAGCGGAGGCGAGGCGGUCCGCCGAUGGCGGCUCUCAAGCGCGGCAUUCUGAUUCCAACGACGGCAAGACGGAGGAACCCGCUUACAAAACGAAGACCUCGCGGAGGGCGAGACGACGGGGACGGGGGUCUGUUCCUCUUUCUGGGACACGUAAAUCGUCUCGUUUGAACCCGAAAUUUCGAGAGAAUGCCGAGACCUGCGAGGUCGAGGAAGGCAGCGACGCCGCCCUCAGCGACGCAGGCGGCCGACGCGAAGGCGAGGCGUUCGAGAGCGCUGCAGAACGGAGCGCAGCCCUUCCACCGAAGACAGAGGCGACCGCCGGCGCCGAAGACUCGCGGGAGACCAGAGGAGCCCCAGCCACGCGCAUGCCCGCACACAGGGCCUCUGCGCGGAAGUCGGCUGAGCGGAAGUCUGUGGAGAGCGAGCCACGCGCCGAAACGUCCGAGGGAGAAUUUCACGUUGAGGAGGAAGCGCGCGUCGAGCCGAAUGAACACCCGCGGAAGAGACGCCGACGACGCAGGUCGCGCCGAAGCCGGCGGGGGGACCUCGCAAACAUCCAGGAGAGCGAGCAUGAGCCCGAUCGACGGGCGCCAUCUGAAGAGGAGACUGGCGGCGACCAUGACCCGGGAAAAGACGAGAGAAACGACCUGCCGCCUGAGCGUGCGCCGCGGGAGACCGGCGAAGAAGAUGGAGAAAGCGGAAUGCUGGUUGAUGAAGCGCCAGAGGAACGGGGUCGCCAAAGGUGUCCCGCCGAGGCAGCGAGCGAAGAGGAGGCAUCCGAAGAGCCUCGCGCGACAACCAAGCAGCGAAGGAGACGCGCAAAGUCGGUCGGCAGGCCGAAGUCGAAAAAACGCAUGUCUGCAGGAAGCCGAGCGUCGUCUCGGGGGGCGAGCCGGACGAAGGAAUUCCGGGGUGCGCUGAGGAAGAAGGACAUCGACGCGUCAAGGGACAUCGGCGCACAGGACGUGGACGUAGGCUUGUCAGACAACAGCGUCUACGGUGACAACGGUAGCGACGCUGAUGACGCGGAAUCAUCCUGCGACCUGCCAGACUCUUCGGAGGCGAGCCGCAACCUGGUGUCCUUCGCCGCGUCCGCGCCGAAUGAGGAGAAGGGGACGUCGGUCGAGUCUGAAGAGGCAACGCGACUGCAUGCGGCGGGGGUGGGUGACGAGGACAAGGGGGAAGAGGACAGCGCGGCUUCGUCCACCGAGCCUCGUCGCUCUUCGUUCCUUUCACGACUCUCCAGCGAGGUGCAGACGACGUCUCUGUCCGCGCAUGCAGGCGGCCAGGAGGCGGGAACCGUUCUCAAAGCGUCGGCGCUUCAGGUGCAGAUGGCGGCGAUCUUUGGGCCGUCUCGGGCUCCGCAGGCGACGAGUGGCGGCGACCGUUUUGCCGUGGCGUCUCCUCUGGGCGGAGACAGGAGGCGCGAGGCGGUGGAGAGAGACCGCCGGCGCCUGUCUCACCUCGGGGGGGGGGGGUCCGCGCUCAUUGAUCUGUGGUCGCAGCAGUACGAGCAAGAUCAGGCCGAGCGACCCGACAGUCCGCAGCCUGAGAGUGCGACAGACGAGGAAGAAGCCGUCACCACGCCUCCCCUCUCAAGCCUUCACGCCGACGGAGAGAUCGCGGCGGCGGGUGACGAGAGACGCGGCGACCCAGAGGAGGCGAGCCGGAAAAGGAGCGCGCACGCGGAGACGCCGCGACGGUCACGCGGCGUGGAGCGAGGCGCAGAGACGAAGAGAGGGGAAGACAGAGAAGCAAAAAUGGGCGGCGCGAGGAAGAACGAGCCAAAGGGCCCGUCUGUCGAAACCAGAAUUCCCACGUUCAGGGGGCGCUUUCUCUGGAGUCGUCCAGGCCGUUUUCUGAGUGAAAACAAAUCGUUUGCUCGGCGCUUUCUCGAGUCGGUUGAUGCCCGACUGGAGGCCAUUGAAGCGCAGCUCGCUGCAACGAAGACGGCCUCGGAGACGCGCCCGCCAGUCUGGGGCAGGUCGCCCUCGCUGUCGCUUCGGGCUCCCACGGCUUCAGAGCAACGGGGCGGACGCGGCGUGAGGAAUCUGCCCGGUUUCCCUUUCCAGAGGAGCCGAGCGGUUGAUUCCGGUGUCGCGCAGGGCACCGGGCCUGGAGCGCGCCUUUUUCACCCUCACGCCUCGGUGGCGGCGGCUGACCGCCGCGCGGCGGACUUCGAAACUAGCGGGGACGAGGCGCUGGAGGGGCGCAGGGGCUUGCGCGUGGAUACGACGCAAACCGAGGAGUUGGAGGAGGACUCCAGAGAAGGUGGCGCGGCGAUCUCCGAUGCUUCGGCAGACUCGCGCAGCGACUCAGAUACCGCGGAGGAGACUGAGGACGCACGCAGACGGGGUCGCCACGGGGGAGGCGAAGCCGCAGGGCCUUCUUCUGGCGUUUGCCAGAGCAAGGCGCUUGCUUCAGACAGUGAAGAGGAUGCCCCAGCGGCAGCUGCGUCAGACGCAGACCAGCAGCCUCCACCGGGCAGUUGCGAGGACGCGGCGCCUCACGCCCGCAGAUUCAUCAGGGCGGGCUUGCGACGACAGCCUGCCCCCUCUGCCCGCCCGGGCGCCAGGCGCCAGGCCGUUGGCGCCCUCUCUCAUCCCUCUCCACGCGACAGGGCCCCCGCGGAGCCCAGAGGGCGCGAUCAGCAGGGACUGCCGCGCGGGAAGCAGCCCACGCCGCUCGCCCCGAGCGGCGCUGCGGGCUCGUCGAGCCGCGGUCUGCCGCCUUCAGCAGAAACGCACCGAGCGCCCCGCGGAUUCUCAGCAGCAGCUGCACGGGCGGACUCGACUCCGCCGCGGCGAGCAGCGCGUUUCGGCAUCCCCACGGGUGCGGCGCACCACGCACAGCUUCGCGCGGCUAGCGCAGAUAUGCACGCGCAUCCGCGGCUUGAGAGGAAGACGCCUCUGCGCCGGGCGGCGGAAGCCCCGUGGCCGAGGAGAGAACCCCCUCUUCCUCGCGUCGCGCUUCUUGCCAGUCAGAGACAGCGCGAGAAACUCGAACUUCCCAAGAAGACGCCUGUUCAGAGCCUUACUCCAGCGAAGGCGCCAGCGACGCCAGGGAUUGCGCGCCGACCCGGGGCGUCUCGGCAUUUUCAAGCAGCAGGCAAACUCAGUGUCGGAAACCCCGGAGGAAAAUGA